AUGCCGAAAGAUGCAACAAAUGCCGCAUUAAUCGAAGCAAAUAUGCGUUUAAUGGAAGAAUUAAUAUCUGUCAAUGGUACACAAUGUAUUUAUUUUCGUCCAUCACUUCCCACUGAUUUAUAUUCACUCUACAUUCAAAAUGGAUCUGGCUGCUCAGCAAUUGUUGGAUAUAAUAAUGGAUGGCCAGGUAAUCGUACAAUGAAUUUGCUUGAUUCAGCACGUGCAACUUGUAUGAGAAAUGGUACCAUACAACAUGAAUUACUUCAUGUUCUUGGUAUGCUUACUUAUAAGAAGCAUCAACAAUCCCUCAUGAAAAUAUUCUUUUUAGGAUUUUUUCACGAGCAAACACGUCCAGACAGAGAUGAAUAUGUCACGAUUCUAACGGAAAAUAUUGAAAACGGCAACUAUGCUCAUCCAUGA